CCUCCCAGAGCUGGACCGCUCCUGGCGGCCGCCUGCAGCCCUCUGCAUCCUCAGCCUCCCUCCUGGGUCCCAGUGCACGUGUGGAACAAGAGAAGACGGUCUGUUGAAAGUGACUCUUCCAAGUUCCUGCAACUUUCUGAGGGCAUGUUGGACUAGCCGGCGGGCUUUCCACACAGCAAGGCCGCACGCAUCCUUGGGGGCGUGUCCGCAUAGCCCUUUCCAGGUAGGAGCCGUGUUGAUGCAUGGAGCGUGAGUUUGCUCAAGCGAGUCAAACCAUCUAACGUAAGCUCGGCUAGUUCUCAGGACUGGGAUGGAAGAGUCAGUACCGGCGGAAAGCCAGGGCCAGCUCCCAAGCCCCCACCAUGGCUCACUGAGGAGGGCAGUGGCUGCUGCCCUGGCCCUGGAUGGGGAGUCCACACUGGGCCGCAGGAAGAAGAAGAGGAAAGAGUCUCGCCCAGAAUCCAUCAUCAUCUACCGGUCAGAUAAUGAGAAGAUGGAUGAGGAGCCUGAAGAAUCAGAAGGUGGAGAUCGGCCCAAAGAGGAGGAGGGGGAGGAUUUCCUGGACUACCCUGUAGAUGAUGGGGUGUGGAACAUGCCUUUGGACAGCCGCUACGUCACGCUCACCGGGACCAUCACCCGAGGGAAGAAAAAGGGCCAGAUGGUGGAUAUCCAUGUCACUUUGACGGAGAAGGAGCUGCAGGAACUGACCAAACCCAAGGAGCUGUCCAGGGAAGCCGCCCCUGAGGGAAGAAGGGCCUGUGAGGUGGGAGCAGACCAGGGCCCACACGUGGUCCUCUGGACACUGGUCUGCCUCCCUGUGGUCUUCGUCCUGUCUUUUGUGGUGUCCUUCUACUAUGGCACUAUCACCUGGUACAACAUCUUCCUCGUGUACAAUGAGGAGAGGACCUUCUGGCAUAAGAUUUCCUACUGCCCCUGCCUCAUUCUCCUCUACCCAGUGCUCAUCAUGGCCAUGGCCUCCUCCCUGGGGCUCUACGCCGCUGUGGUCCAGCUCUCGUGGUCUUGGGGAGCGUGGUGGCGAGCUGCCUGUGACAUGGAGAAAGGCUUCUGUGGCUGGCUCUGCAGCAAGCUGGGGCUGGAAGACUGUUCUCCCUACAGCAUCGUGGAGCUGCUGGAGUCCGACAACAUGUCGGGCACACUCUCCAACAAGGACCCCAUCCAGGAAGUAGAAACCUCCACUGUCUAAACCACCAGCGACCUCUUUCCCAGGCCCGAGUAGUCCAUUAGUCAUGCUACAGUUCUAGCAGGUUCUGUCCUCAAACUAUCCAAUACCCUCUACAGUCCUGGAAAAUCCUAGCUCACACUGGUCCGUCCCGCCGUCUUCGUGAUCCAACGGGGCAGGAAACAGAAAGGUGGCUGGUGCCAAAGCAGUUCGUCCAGUACACAAAUGCGUCUUGACUCUUUGCCCUAAACUGACCAUUGAUCUGGGAUGUGAAGAUCCACUGUAAAUCCCUUCAGGGGCCUGGAGGUGUUAUUGGUGCUGGUAAUCCAGGGAAGUGUGUGCCUAAGGGUGACAGAAAGAAUAAAGAGGCUCAGGGGUAACCAAAUCCACCAAGAAAAUAGCUGGAGAUGGAGUGGCACAUUUAGGGAGGUAGACUACUACUAUAAAGAUGGCAUGCAUACUGUUAUAAAGAUGGCGUGCAUCACUUACGUUUGGAUAGAACGACCUAUAACUCAAGCCCCACACAUCAGUCAACUAAACAAGAGAGAACUCUAUUUCCUUCUUAGAUAGCUGUCUGGAGGUGGACCAUCCCAAGGCCCGGUGAUGUCAUCUGGAACGCACAGGACAGUGGCCCUCGGUGCUCUUUUCCCUCUGUUUUCAAAUGCUGACCACAUCUCUGGCUGUCACAGCAGUGUUUCUGGAAAAUACAGAAGAAGCCAAAGAGGGCACAAAGCCUCCGUCAAUAUUUAUGGUAUCUCACUGACCACAUUAUAGUCACAUGGCCUCACGAUCAAAAGAUACUGGGAAAUGUAAUCUUUUAUCUGGGUAACUAUAUUCCUAGAUGGUAUUGGGGUUGUGUGAAUUUGUGAACAAGGGGAGAAUGGUUAUUUGGUAGUCGAGUAAGAAUCUACAUCUUAGCCGGGCGGUGCUGGCGCAUGCCUUUAAUCCCAGCACUCGGGAAGCAGAGGCAGG